AUGUCUGUCAACAUCUUGAGCACUCAAUCUGGAGUCACAGCAAGUGGCGGUAAUGUCACAGUCAAUAUCAGUGGAUUAAGUCCUGGGGAGUAUACAGUGAUCUUGAAAAUUGCGGUGCUGGCUCAGCCUUCAGAAAACAUUGUGACUCUCACAUGCUCAAAUACAAGCACAACAGCCACUGAUUUGGAGGAUGACAAAAGCCCUGGCCAUUCCAUCGAUGAUUCUGAAAGCCAGACUUGUGACCCAUACUACACAAAGUGGAUCAAAAACCCUGGUGACUGGAACCGCACCUGUGAGGUCAGGCUUGUUGGAACUCUGGUGAGGCAGUGGACAGGAAAAUUCAAGUGGCCCACUCCCUCAUACUCUGGAUUUUGCUGUGACUUUCUUGAAGUGCAGCAUGAUAGAUUUGGGGUUGAAGAUGAUGAUCUUAUUCCUGACUUGCAGGAUGACUUUUUGACGUUGAAUCAGGGAGUCUUGGAAGCCCAGGCUAAAUAUGCUGAAGCGCAAGCACUCCAAAGAGCCAAGAUGGUGCAGCUUACUGACAUUGCAAAAGCAAAGGCACAAGUAACCAAUGAUUCAGCUGCAACCGCAAAUUCUGCCACAUCAGUCAAAUGGCUUCUUCUGGCUUUGUUAAACAUGGAUGCCGUUCUUGUUGCUCUCACAUUGCAAGUGGAGAUGGUGAACCUUCAGUUUAGCUUCUGA